GGAACUUCAGGAAAUAACAUAGGGGGCGGGGACGCACUUACGGGGGAAGGGAAGAGGAAAGCCUAAGGUAGAAGAAGAAGAUGACCGAUGUCUUGGAAGGCUGCCCGCUGCCAAAGGAGGUAGCGGAGGCACUUCAGCCUUACAUCAAAACCCGGCAAGAAGUCGAGCAUGUCCGACGAGGACUGCAGGCGAGCUUUCCUGUCUCAACAUUGGACACGGCUCGAAAGUCCUACUCUGAAACACCCGAGCCCGGUGGUCUCACUGGCGUCCGAAAGGCAUAUCUGCAAGCUUUACAAGCACAUCGGGUCGCUCAGGAGAGGUACGAUGCCCUCAAAACUGAACUCGAGCAGCUAUCGCGGCGCGAGCCCACACCUGGAGGAGCGCAAGGCAACACAACAGCUUUCCUGACCGAAAGCUAUGUACCACUCAUUCGGCAACGAGAGAGGCGACGCAAGCUCGCCAUAGUAGAAAAAACCUUGGCCAAGAUUACCGCCGCCGGCGGCGACGCCGUCGUAGAAUCAUUCGACAAGGUAGCGAAGCGUGAAGUGGGAGAACUGCCUCACCCACCUUCCACAUCAGGAUAUGCAGACCGCGAACUCGAAUCAGAUUAUGAUUUGACACGUUUAAAGAAAGCAAUUCUGUCCACAAAGCGCGAACUCGAGGAGCACGAGGAACUUUCGGCACAAGCAAAUGGCAUCGCCGAGGGUGAUAUCAACCCACAUGCCGAUCUUAAAGCACUCCAGAAGACGCACAGUGAGCUCACAGCAUGGAUGGAGAACCAACUCGCCAUGAUCAGCGACGUCGACAGUACCAAAGACGGCAGUAGCAGCACCUAUUCUGCCGCCGACAACUCUGCCGGCGAAGAGGCCGCGUUUUCCCUGAGUGACAUCGAAAAUCUCUACAAGCAGUAUCUCGACUCGCGCCAACGACUCUUGCGAGUCGUAUCCCACCAAGAGAGACAAGACUCAAGCCCCUCAUCCUCACCAGACACAGCGCGCCGCCGUUCCACAAGUCCAACAACACCAACAACAACAACAACCACAACCCUCGACUCCGACCCCUCUCUCCCCGCCCCAUCCGAACUCAUCCUCCCCUACCUCUCCCGCCUAACUUCGACCAAACAAACCUCGCAAUCCCUCUCCCAACAAACCACACACCUACGCCGACAACUCACCCUCGCGGAAACUCAAACCCAAGAUAUCCUGACCCGCUUAGCCGACGAAAGCCACUUGGUCCAACCCGAGCACCACCACCACCGCCGGAGAGGAGGAGGAGGUGCGCCUCAAGGCCAAGACUGGCGAGAAGCAGCCGAAGAAGCGCGCGAAGCGACCGUGAAUAUUGUCAAGAAACGGGUCGAGAGUGGGAAUGCCUUUGCCGAGCAGGCGGUGCAGACUUUGGAGAGUAUUCAUGGAUUGCCGGGGUGUGUUGAUGGGAUUUCUUUGGCAGGGGGGAAGUGAGGGAGUGAGUGUGUGAGUGAGAGAGGAGGGGGGGAUGCGCGAUGUAAAAAUUUAAAAUUCUUCUCUUUUUCUUCUUCUUCAGAAGAAGACGAAGACUUUGUUGAAUCAGGCCGUACCUGUUGUAUACAUACUGUUGUUUUUUCACGUUUACUUGAUUGAAAGGGAUAACCAUACCAUGGUGGAGGAGGAGGAAGAGGUUGAAGACGAUGGUGAUGAAUAAGAAGAAGCUAGCAAC